AUGUUUAUGUUUGCUAAACUUUCAUAUGUGCCAGUAGCCUAUGGAGUUCGCACUAACUUCCGGAUAUCUCUUAUGCGUCUUUCUACCACCCAUUGUGGGCCCACGGAGGUCUUCAAUGAAGGUAUAGAGCGAACGGCGUCAUUCGGAAGCGGAGGAAUGCUCAAAUGGAGGGAUUGUCAGAGUGUAAUUACUCAACUGCUUCUCUUUUGCCUGUGUGCAGCUAUUGUGAGUGCGGCGAGAGCAAAGCAUGACAACUGCAGAUCCGAAAAACUGAGAGAGUUAAUAUUGGAAACCGUCGGAAUUUAUCCACAUCAAUACAGCUAUCAAGCAAAGUAUUUGAAACAACAAGCAGAGCAGCGAUUCGGUAAUUGGUGGAGUGCUGUUAUCGUUGGUGAUCGAGGAGGCUAUGGCAUGAGCGCGGUUUACGACAAGUAUAGGAACACAAGCUGCGAAAUGCAAUUGUUCGGUACCUACUACUGGAUAGGGCGCACGUGCUGA